AUGUCUGUAAAGGUAGAUCCAAGUAUUUCCUUGUCCAACUGGGUAAAUGGAAAUAACAUUUGCAACUGGACUGGAAUAACUUGUGAUGGCAAUCAAAGGGUUAGUUCCUUGCACAACUUGCAAAAACUCCAUCUCUCUUUAAAUAAUUUGAGUGGUAUAAUCCCUCAAGAAUUGGCAAACUGCACCGGGCUUAAAAGAUUAGAUCUUGGGCAUAAUCUUUUACAUGGGAGUAUCCCCAAGUCCUUUAGUAACUGCACAAAAUUGCGUCUCUUGUGGCUGUAUGAGAAUGCGCUUGAAGGACCAAUUCCAUCCGAGAUAUUAACAACACUGACCAGAUUACAAUAUUUGGCUCUGGAGUCCAACAAACUCACCGGUGCCAUACCCAAAGAGAUCGGUAAAUUAUGGAGACUGAUAGUGCUUAACUUAGAUACAAAUAAUCUUACCGGUAGUAUUCCCAUGGCCCUGGCGAACUGUUCGUAUUUGAAGUUGUUGGGUUUAUCUUUGAAUGAUUUGUACGGUACCAUUCAAGCACAGUUCGGUUCACUUACUCAACUGCAGUAUUUAUAUCUCAGUGAAAACAGCCUUAGCGGAUCAAUUGCUUCUGUCAUGAACUGUAGUAAAUUGGAAAGAUUGAUCGUACCAGAUAACAAGUUUGAAGGUACAAUUCCAGAGGUUAUAGGCUAUAAGCUACCCAAAUUGCAGAUCAUGGAUUUAGCGAAGAAUCGGCUUAGCGGUGGCGUCCCAAAAUCUCUAGGAAAUUGUUCUGCGCUCUAUGGUCUUCAAGUAAUAUAUAACAAUUUGAGCGGAGCAAUACCCCCAGAAUUGGGGAUGCUGACUAGUCUACAAGUGCUUACAAUUGGUGAUAACCAUUUCAAGGGAAAUAUUUUUCCUUUUCUGUUGAACUGUACAGAACUGCAAAGGAUUGGACUCGAAGAAAACAGGUUCGUGGGUUUCAUUCCUGCAGAUAUUGGUCUCAAGCUCACCAACUUAGAAAGACUUACUGUGUCAGGUAAUCAAUUUAGCGGGCGAAUCCCAAAGUCGCUGGGAAAUUGUUCUCAGCUCUCACUUCUUGAUCUUGGGGAUAAUCUGUUAACUGGGCCCGUGCCUGAAGAACUGGGAAUGCUAACUGCUCUGCAGAUACUGGAACUUGCGUCUAAUAGUUUGUCUAUUAGAUGUACUUUCCAACUGCUCCAACCUCGAAGUCCUAGAUCUAUCAUGGAACCGUUUCAGCGGAACUUUGUCAAGGAGCAUAGGAAACCUCUCUCCCAGGUUAUCAAUUCUGGACAUGGGUGGAACAACAUCAGUGGCAAUAUACCUGAAGGGAUUGGCAACCUUACGGGACUAUUCAGGAUCUCUCUCUAUAAUAACAGUAUCACUGGGAAAAUUCCGAGUGGAUUAGGCAAUCUGAUGAAUUUGCAACGGUUGGAGUUCAACUCUAAUAAAUUGCAAGGCAACAUUCCUUCAGAGUUGAAAAUGCUGGUUGACCUAGAUUAUCUAGGGUUUCAACUGAAUCAUAUCUCUGGAGACGUUCCUUCAUAUUUGGGUACUCAGCAACAGCUGAGGCGACUUGACUUAAGUCAUAACGAGCUCACGGGAAGGAUACCGAAUGCCAUUGGCCAAUGUUUCCGCCUGGAGAGCAUUGACCUCUCAUACAAUAGCCUCACUGGAAAUAUCCCCGUAGAGAUUUCAAGCCUCCAUUCGUUGACCUUCUAUCUCAAUUUUUCACAUAACUCACUAAAAGGAAGAUUACCCUCACUGGGAGGAAUGCAACAUAUUCAAGCCAUAGAUGUCUCUGCAAAUAAACUCUCAGGGCCCAUCCCUGGGGAUAUUGGCAGCUGCGCGGACUUGGAGUACCUGAACCUUGCCAAAAAUAAAUUGGGGGGAAUAGUACCAAUAUCAAUAGGGCAGCUUAAGAGCCUUCAAAGCAUUGAUUUGUCUUUCAAUGAGUUGUCUGGGCCAGUGCCACCCUCUAUAGCAAAUCUCACCAUGCUCCACCAUUUAAAUUUCUCUUACAACAACUUGAAUGGGUCAGUCCCAAAUGAAGGAGCUUUCAAAAAUCUGAGCGCAACAUCAUUUCUGAAAAAUUCAGGAUUAUGUGCAGCCUCGGGCUGGUUGAAUUUACCAAAUUGCACAAGCUCUGGCAAAAGCCAGAAUUGGUUCCGCAGGAAUAUUGUCUUGGUUGCUUUAAUUGGCACAUUCUUGGCAUUGUGUUGGAUUUCUGGAGCAGUUUACAUUUUCUACAGAAGAUUCAGAAGAGCACCAAUUUUAAAUUGUUUGUUGCGAAAAGAUUUCCUGCAAAUUUCCAGUCAGGAACUUCACAGAGCAACCGAAGGAUUUAGUGUUGCUAACUUGCUGGGUGAGGGUAGCUUUGGGUCCGUUUACAAAGGAAUCUUGGAUGACAACACAUCAGUGGCUGUUAAGCUAUUCAAUCAGGACGGUCAAAAUUCAUACAGGAAUUUCGUAAGGGAAUGUAGGAUACUGGGCAAAAUCAGGCACCGCAAUCUUGUGAAAGUCUUAUCCUCUUGCUCAACUGAAGAAUUCAGUGCUCUGGUACUGCAGUUCAUGUCAAAGGGGAGCCUAGACCAACUUCUGCACAUAAAUGAAACACAGUGUAGCUUGGGUUUGAAGAUGAUAAUGAACAUUGCACUUGAUGUAGCACACGGGAUGGCAUAUUUACACCAUGAUUGUUCACCCCCUGUUGUUCACUGUGAUUUGAAGCCCUCAAAUGUGUUAAUGGAUGAAACUCUGGCAGCCCAUGUGGCUGAUUUUGGACUUUCCCGUCUUUUGACCUCUCCUGUUUCUGCAAGUAGCAGCAUGUCCAGACUAAAGGGAACAGUAGGCUACUUUGCUCCAGAAUAUGGAUUGGGAGGACAAUUGAGCACUAAGGGAGAUGUUUACAGCUUCGGAAUUCUCAUCCUUGAAAUGGUGACUAAAAAGAGACCUACGGAUGAUAUGUUUUCUGGAGAUGUAACUUUGCCCAGAUGGGUGAGAAGAGCAUUCUCUGACGCUGUGGAAGGAGUGGUGGACAGAGAGCUAUUAGCUGAUCAGUUAGAUGUGGGUGGCUCCAGUAAUGCUACAGCUGAAACCACUGGUGAAGAAUUGUUAUCCUCUGAGCAUGGAAGUGGCCUUCUCAGUUUUAUUGGAUUGGGACUGCAAUGCACGAGGCAAUAUCCAGGUGAUAGACCAACAAUGAGAGAGGUGGAGCGUAUGCUUGAAAAGAUUGUGUAUGGCAGGGCAUAUGGGAAUCUAGAGGAUCAUACACCCGUCCAGGAUCUGUUGAUUGCAGACAAUCGAGAAGGCCAUCCAAAUAGCAACUCAACUUCAUCUACUUAUUAAUGCCAGAGCAUUUAAGCGUGGGGAAGGAAAAUUACUGAUCUUCUUUCACCAGUAAUAUCCAUUUAAAUAGUUUUUUGAACAUAUAUAUGAAAAACUAGUCCAGUCUUUUCAGUAGUAAUAUAUAUUUUAAUAGAUUGUAUUAUCUAAAUCCAAUUAAGCAAGUUCU